GGAGAAUCAGUCUGUCACUGUAACCUGCUCAGCCUUCACUCCCUGUCCACACUCACCUCCUGAACUCACCUGGAACCUUCAACAACACUCCCUCGGACAAACAGAGAAAAACCCAGAUGGAACCUUUACAACUAAAAUCCAAGAGACAGUCAUUCUGUCAGACGCACACAACGGCUACAGCAUCAGCUGUUCUGCCGGAUAUCCUGUGAAUGGAGGAAACAAGAUGGCAGAGGCAGAAGUGACUCUCAGUGUUCCAUAUGUGCCAAGAAACACCCGGGCCUCCGUCAGUCCGUCGUCAGGUUUGGUAUCAGCGGGCAGCAGGGUGGAGCUGAGCUGCUGCAGCAGAGCCUGGCCUCCACCCAGCUUCACUUGGUUCAGGAUCAGCAGACAUGGAGGCGCCAACGUGUCCGUGGGUUCGGUUUACACCUUCAACGCGACUGGGGGGGGGGGGGGUUACUGUGUGGCUGCCAACCGUCUGGGUCACAGCAGAUCAUCUGUGAUCCAUGUUGGUCUCCGAGCAGGCAUUGUGCCAAUCACAGUGGGAACAUCAGUGGCCACUUUCCUUAUCGUUUGCCUUUUGAUGUCUGUUUGUGGUUUUAGGUCCAAACAUGCGACUCUGCAGCAGACACAGAGUCAAACAGGCUUGGAGGCUGAUGUUUGGAAGGCCAACAAAACAGAAGGAGAACUUCAUUAUGGAGAAGUGAACAUCAUCAGAAAGACAGCUGAAGCUUCCUCUUUUCCAGCGCAGGACCAGGAGACAGUCUACGCAGAGGUCAAAGAGGUCAGAGGUCGGCAGUCUUGCCAACACAGACUGCCGACAGUCUGUGGUAUGCUAACGUGAAGUAAAAUUAAUGUUUUUAUUAGCUAUGAAUCAUUAUGUUCUAUUUAUUGUAUUGUUCAUAUCAGACAUUAAGAGAAUCUGCGACUCUUUCCAAUGAUUGUAGAUGAACAAAUUUAAGAAUGAAUCAAUGAUGUAUUUUAGAUCAAAGUUCAUACUUCCAUAAUUUGCAGUGUGAAUACACCAUAUUACAUGUUCAUCAAUUAAUUAAGGCAACAAAUCAACAAGUUCUGUAAGAAGAAAUGCCCACACAUAAAUGAUGAAUUGCCUGUACUUGCAUAGCGUUUUAUGGAGUCCGUAGGAGCCCAAAGCUCUAUGGCGUUCAGUCAUUCACACAUUCAUACAGUGGUGAUGUCAAUGUGACCAGGCACCGGCGCCACCAUCUGACCAUGAGCAGCAGGAAAGGCUUCCUCUGUCGUUUUGCCCAGAGAGAUUGAGGGCCGCCAUCAUCCCUUAAUGCCACAUAAAUACACUAGAAAACUCCCAGAAGUUGAACAUUUUUGGCUUUUGAAACUCAGACAUUUUCAUCUCUGAGUUUAAUAUCAAAAUAUGAGUUU